AUUUGAUUUGAACAUUGUCAUCAUUGUCAACACGAAGUAAGAAGAAAAGAAACUUAAAGACAGGUCUUCUCAGUGCGAGGAAGGAUAGGAGGAAGAAGCAAGUGACGAUGCCUCCCGCAUUAGCAAUGGACAGACACAUCUGCGACAUGCGCAUCCUGCUUCUCUUUGCAGCCGUGCUCUUCAUUGUCAUACAGAUGCGACUUUUUGCAACACAGUCUGAGUAUGCAGAUCGUCUUGCAGCUGCAGUAGAAGCUGAAAACCAUUGUAGGAGCGAAAUGCGGUUGUUGAUUGACCAAAUAAGCAUACAGCAAGGAAAAAUUGUGGCCUUGGAAGAGGCAAAGCAACGUUUGGACAUAGAGUGUGGACAACUUCGUAGUCUUGUUCAGGAUCUUGAAAGAAGAGGAGUAAAAGGGCUAAAGAAUGAAGGUGUUGAGGAUCCUAUAGCAGCUGUUGUUAUUAUGGCUUGCAACCGUCCUGACUAUUUAGAAAGAACAGUGAAGUCUGUCCUAAGGUAUCAUGGACCUCUGGCUAAAAAAUUUCCUCUUUUCAUAUCACAGGAUGGCCCAGAUCAAUCAGUGAGAAGCAAAGCUCUGAGUUAUACCGAGUUUAAAUAUAUGCAGCACUUGGAUUUUGAACCACUAAAAACAGAAAGACCUGGAGAGUUGAUUGCUUACUACAAAAUAGCAAAUCAUUAUAAAUGGGCGCUCAGUAAACUUUUUACUGAACAUAAUUUUGCACGGGUGAUUAUCUUAGAAGAUGACAUGGAGAUUUCUCCUGACUUCUUUGAGUAUUUUGAAGUUGCUGCAUCGUUACUUGAAAAAGACAACACCCUAAUGGCAGUUUCAUCUUGGAAUGACAAUGGGCAAAAGCAGUUCGUUCAAGAUUCUGACACACUUUAUCGUUCAGACUUCUUCCCUGGAUUGGGAUGGAUGCUGACCAAGCAGUUGUGGGAUGAGCUGGCUCCAAAAUGGCCAAAAGCUUAUUGGGAUGAUUGGAUAAGACUAAAGGAAGUACGUAAGGGUCGACAAUUUAUUCGUCCGGAAGUGUGCAGAACAUAUAAUUUUGGGGAGCAUGGAUCUAGUUUGGGACAGUUCUUCAGACAAUAUCUGGAGACAAUCAAGCUGAAUGAUGUCCUUGUGAACUGGAAAUCAAAAGAUCUGAGCUACCUAUUGGAGGAAAACUACAAAAAUUAUUUUGCCGAACUUGUUUCAAGUGCAACACCUGUAUAUGGGAAGGAUGUUGUUCAUAAGGCAUACAAUAUAGAUGGUGACGUGCUGAUAGAAUAUUCAAAUCAGGGACACUUUGAAGAAAUUGCACGGCAGUUUGGGAUCUUUGAAGAAUGGAAGGAUGGUGUACCAAGGACUGCUUAUAAAGGAGUAGUAGCAUUCAGAUGGCAAACACCAAGACGGAUAUUUUUAGUUGGUCCGCAGUCUCUAAAAGAACUUGGGAUCAAGAAAUAAGUGGUUAGAAAGUUUCUUUGUGCUCUUUUCUUCAAAACCUUAUAGCUAUCCUGCAAUUCUGUCAAGCAGCAGGCAGCUUUACUAGAUGACCAAAACAGCCUUAAAUUUUAUGAGCAUUUAGCCAUUUUAAAGAUCAAGUCAGCUUGACAACAUCUUCUCAGAAUCAAGCAGUUGAUGUUAUAUCCGAGAGGUUAGCAGCUGUCUUCACCUACAGGAAAAAAUUAAGGUAAAAUAGAUACAGAGGAAAGGUUUCUUAUUUAUAAACCAAAGUACACAUAUGAUGAUAGUGUUAUUAGUACUUUGAACACUUGCCAAAGGCAUGAGGCGUAUUGUAUAUUACAAUGCCAGUCUUGUUUUUUCAUGAGCGGCCUGCACAGUCAUCACAUAGUGUGAUUCUUUUCAACUGAGUAAAAUUGUAUUGAUAUUGUGACCGAUUAGUUUUUCCAAA